AUGGAUACACAAGCACGGCCUACUGCUAGUAACGACGCUGUGGUGGGUACCCCUAAGCUGAACAUCGUCAUAAUGGGCUUCGGCAGUCGCGGCGAUCUCGAACCAACCCUCGAAAUCACUCAAGUGCUCCAAUAUCAGCAUGGUCACCGCGUCAGAUACGUCACCCACCAGCGCUAUCAACACAUCGUCGAAGCUGCUGGAAUCGAGUUCUACUCUCUAGGUCGCGCAGACCCAAGGGAGAUGAUUGCUCAAAGAAGUUUGGGCUCCAAGGCUCUGCGCGAAUUGCUUCCUCAGAUCCAAGACCACUUCUUCGAGAUGGGUCAGAGAUACUGGGGUGCUUGUAUUGAUGAUCCAGCUGGAAUACCGGAAGGGAAGUGGCCGGAGCCUUUUGUAGCGGAUGCCAUUAUUGCUACGUUGACGACGUAUGUCCACUGCUCGGCUGCAGCUAGGCUAUGUAUUCCCAUUCACCUACAGGCCAAUAACCCAAGAAUGUUCUCGAAAUACCUUCCUCAUUCUCAAGCAGAGGGAUCUGCUUCGAGUGAUUCAGUGAUGAGGAAUAUCUUCUCGUGGUGGCUGAAGGAUUUGGCAUUCCAUCUGAUGCUGAACUCUGGUUUCGAUCGACUUCGAGUGGAAAUCAUGGGCCUUGAGUCAUUUUCACCUCUUUGGUGGACGAGCCAGUUUUUCCGCUUCAAUCUUCCAUGCACGAAUCUUUGGUCUCCUCAACUACUACCCAAGCCUGCGGAUUGGGGUGAGGAAAUAGACAUUGCUGGUUUUGCCUCCACAAUAGAGAAGCCUUAUACACCGUCGGAUGAACUGAUCAGUUUUCUUCAAGCCCCCGGUGAAUGCAUCUACGUCGGCUUUGGCAGCAUGUCGUUUCCCAACUCAAACCAGGUUCUCCACGCCACAUUCGACGGCGUGAAAGCUACAGGACGGCGAACCAUCUAUGCAAAGGGCUGGUCUGGAACAGAAGAAAAUCGUAUCAAACGCGAUGAUGUCUUCGUUGUGGAUGAGAUAUCCCACUACUGGCUCUUCCCCAGAGUUGCCGCAGUGGUGAUACACAUGGGCGCCGGAACCUUUUCCACGGCGCUGAGGCUCGGGAAACCUAUGGUCAUGGUUCCUAUCGCUGGUGAUCAGCCUUUCUGGUCGCACAGAGUGUGGAAAGCAGGCUGCGCCCCGGAACCAAUUCAUCUCAACGGCGUCACGGCAGAGUUGGUUGCUUCAAGACUUGAAGAGGCAUUGUCACCAACUGUUUGUCGUAGCGUUGAAGAAAUGGCCAAACAUUUGCGUGAGGAAGAACCGGGGCAGUUUGUCUUUGCAAGAUCAGCACUCAGGACAUUCGAGAAGGUCUACGCAAACGGAGGUAUCUGCGAUUUGAUGCCUGAUAGAACAGCUGUGUGGCGGCAUACGGUAACGGACGCAAAGUUAUCGGAUCGUUCUGCAGAAAGACCUUCAUCUGAUACGUCACGUUCAGUGGCAUUGAAGAGUCCGGGUGAUCCCUUCACAGGGUUCAUCAACGGCAUGUUCAUGAUCGUGGGGCGAGUUUUAUCUGCUUCUACCUCACUCUUUAGCCUGCAGAAUGCUCCAAGUAUCUCUCAGGGAGUCUUGCAGGUUGUAAAGCCCUCCAUACGCGCCAUGACAGCACCCAUCACCCUUCUGCAUUUAGUCUCAUACGGCUUCUAUAAUCUCUUGGAAUACCUCACAUUUAAGCUUGGAAGUGUCUCUCAGCCUCAGCACUUUGAGAGUAACGUUUGGACACACUCGUACUGGAAGAUGCUCCAUCUACUGAUGACAGUGCCAUUUAAAGAACUGAAUCCCCGCCGCAAUACUUUCACCACGUUGUUUCUUUCACCCGUCAGAUCUGCCGUAUCGCUCAUCAAUAUUCCGUUGGGCUUCAUGGCUUUUACUUCUCGUCUGGCGAGUCGACAUAUUGAUCAAAUCCUGGGCUUUCGUCCAUCAACGGACGUAGUGUUUGAGGCUCGAGUAAGGCAGGGCAAACGAGAGAUGGAGCUUGUGCCAGAUGAAUUGUCCCAGCAGGUGAUCAAAUCAUGGAGGAAUCUGACCCAAUAA